AUGGAACGGAAUUUUCUACCUGUAAUAUUUCGAAUAUCACUAAGAACAUCUCUUUUGAGAAAGUUAUACUCAACGAAAACGCAUCAAUAUGAAAAGAGUAUCGGAAAUGUUGUAAACGCUGCAAUAAUUGGAGCUCCGAAUUCAGGCAAAAGUACUCUCAUAAAUAAGAUUAUAGAACGUAAGGUCUGUGCUACAUCAAACAAGGUACAUACAACCACAAAACUUGCAAGAGCUAUUUGUUUUGAAAAUGACACUCAAAUUAUAUUCUUGGAUACACCUGGUGUAAUUACUGAUAAAGAGAAAAACAGAUACAAAUUGGCCGAGUCUAUGAGGCAAGCCUGCAAGAAAAGCUUAAAUUGUGCAGAUGUCAUUGGUGUAGUCCACGAUGUUUCAAAUAGAUAUACAAAAGACAAACUACACCCAACAGUUCUUGAAAUGCUGAAUAUGGUUUCAAAUAUCCCCAGCUUCUUAAUUAUAAAUAAGGUUGAUUUAUUAAAAUCAAAGAAGCAACUGCUAGACAUCAUAAGAAAUUUAACAAAUGGAGUAAUCGCUGGCAACCCAGUACCUAACACUUCUAAGAUACAAAAACCUUUACUUGGCUAUGGAUGUUUUUCUGAUGUCUUUCUCGUGUCUGCCUUGAAUGGUGAUGGAGUAAAAGAUAUUAAGGAUUAUCUGAAAACCAACUCGAGGUUACGUAAAUUGGAAUACUCCUCGGAUGAAUGGACAGAUCAACCUACGGAAUCGCUGAUAGAAGAAGCGACUAGGGCGAAGUUCCUUGAUUUUCUAUCACAAGAAUUACCAUAUACUUUGGAGACGAGACUAGAAUACUUUGAUGAUAAUGAGGCUGAAGGAAAGGUGACCUGUUCGGUGUCUGUUGAAUGUCCUUCAGACAGAAUUGUGAAGUUAAUAGCUGGAGCGGGUGGUGGUCGUCUCCAGCAAAUUAAGUCUUCCUUAAGAAGUGAUCUUGUGGAUAUGAUAAAGAAACCGGUAUCGUUAGACAUCAAUUUAAUAGCUAAAAGAAAACCUUCUAGUAAACAAGUGGCGCGAGCGGCCACCUCGCUACCAAAUCCAGUGGUGAUGACCAAAAUCGACGGCUCCCCUAGUCAUACGGGUGAUGACACCUUCUCCGAGUAA